AUGGGCCAUAUUCAGGAUUUCUCCCAGGAUUCCGCCCUCGAGGAGCAUUGGGGCUAUGUCGCCCGCCAGAUCCCCUGCACCAAGGAUGCCGGCACCUGUGCCUAUCUGGACGCCGUCUACCAUGGCCACGACGUCACCAUGCUGUACAGCUUCAUCCUGUGGGCCGUGAUCGUGGGGAUCUUGUUCCUGUGGGCGAUGGGCGGACGGCUGAUCCGCAUUGAGCGAGUGCCCUCCACCCCCAAGACCACCCCGGGGGCAACGCACACGCAGAGCGCACUAUACCGUCUCUCGAGGACGCUGCAAGCCCUGACUCGCCGCCAUUUGCUCCCGGAAGCCCUUCCCCGGGUAUUCGGCCACACGACGCGGCUGCAGGUGCUCGUCUUCCUCGUGCUCUCGGGCUACCUGCUGGUCUUCACCCUGGUGGGCAUCACCUACAAGACGUGGACGACGCCCAUCAGCGGCAGUACGCAGUCCAACAUCCGCAGCGGGCUGGGUCCCUGGGCGGACCGCGUCGGCGUGCUGGCGUUUGCCCUCACCCCGCUCUCCAUCCUGCUCUCCAGCCGGGAGUCCCUGCUCUCUCUCAUCACCGGCAUCCCGUACCACCACUUCAACUUCUUGCACCGCUGGCUGGGCUACGUGAUCUACGCCCAGUCGGCCCUGCACACCAUCGGCUGGACCGUGGUGGAGGGCCGUCUGUACCAGCCGCAGCCCAGCCAGUGGAACAGCUUCAUCGCGCAGCCCUACAUCAUCUGGGGGAUCGCGGCGAUGAUCCUGCUGACCUUUCUGGUGCUGCACAGCACGAAGACCGUGAUUCGACUCACGGGGUACGAGUUCUUCCGCAAGGCGCACUACGUCGUGGCGAUGGUGUACGUGGGGGCGUGCUGGGCGCACUGGGCGCACCUCUACUGCUGGAUGCUGGCCUCGCUGGUCGUCUGGCUGCUGGACCGGGGGGCGCGGCUCAUCCGAACCUUUCUCUUGCACCACCUGGGCGUGCCCUCAACCGCCUCCAGCUGGGGCCUGCCCAUCCCCCACGCGGCGAUGCAGCUGCACGCCAACCCCGCCGACGGCGACAUCAUCCGGCUGGACUUCCACCACAAUCACGACCCCUGGCACAUCGGCCAGCACUUCUUCCUGUGCUUUCCGCAGCUAAGCCUCUGGCAAGCACACCCGCUCACCCCCUGCAGCGUGCCAGACACACUCCCGACCGGCCAGCAACACACCUAUCUCAUCCGCGCGAGGAAAGGGCUGACGCGCGUGCUCGCCGAAUCCGCACGCCUACAACCCACAGCUCCAGCAGGGGAAACCAGCACGAUGACAAAUCCGGGCCCGACGACCCCGGUACUCCUCAGCGGACCGUACGGGCAGUCCAUCGAGGACCCCUGUCUAGGCGGCCUCCCCCGCAGCACCAGCAAUCUGCUCUGCAUCGCCGGCGGCACAGGCAUCACCUUCGUCCUGCCGCCGAUCCUGCAGCGCCUCUCGGCCCCCCUCCCCUCCGACCAACAAAUCGAACUCAUCUGGAUCAUCCGCCGCAGAGCGGACACACAAUGGAUCGCCCCGGAGCUGGACAUCCUGCACCGCGUGGCGCAGACGUCGCCGGAUUCCUUCCGCGUGCGCAUCUUCGUUACGCGGGAUGUGCCAGAAACCGUGCACAGCAGUGAGACAGAGACCGAAACAGACGAGAAGACACCGUGCUGCGGGUCAACCUUGCCAGUCCCAACUCCGGAUCCGGAACCGGGGUUCGCGGUGCAUUACACACUGCCCAAAACGUCGGAUGCGCAGGCGAGCACGCAUCCAGAUCUCACGGCCCAGGUGACGCGGUUUUUGGACAGGGUGGUGGACGGUCCGACGCGCGUGUUGGCCAGUGGACCCGCGGGGAUCAUCACCACGCUGCGCGGGGCGGUGGCUGCGCUUAAUCGGCCGGGGAAGGUGUGGCGCGGGGAGGAGAGGUGGGAUGUCGAGUUGGUGCAUGAUGAUCGGGUGGAGUGGUAG